CGAACUUCCAGCGACCUUUGAGAUUUUCACGACCCGACCAUCCACCGCCGCCAAAAUGCCUUCCGAAGUCUCCGACAUCAAGCAGUUCAUCGAGAUCUGCCGCCGCAAGGAUGCCCAGUCUGCGCGCAUAAAGAAGAACAAGAAGGUCAACAACAUCAAGUUCAAGGUCCGCUGCUCGAGGAACGUCUACACCCUCGUCCUCAAGGACACCGACAAGGCCGAGAAGCUCAAGCAGUCGCUUCCCCCGGGUCUCACCAUCUCCGACGUGGGCAAGAAGAACCCCAAGGGCAGGCACGCGGCCGCAUAAACGCUCCCAUAAUAUGAUGAGGGGCCAGGGCUGUGUUGUCAGGAAGAGGAUGAUGGCGUGAUAUGGCAUGGCAUUGGCGGAGGGCGUCUAUGGGAUGAUUACUCUUGCAAUGGCAUACGAAAUCGAAACAGGGACCCACGCACCAUGGGUUACCACUGGAAUGAUAAAAUGGCAAACCACCCAUUCAGUGUUUCGUGUCUCGUUGAAGUGUGAGG